AUGCGAUUCUUUUAUCACAUGUACGGUAUGAAUAUAGGGAAAUUGAAUAUCUACACUCGUAUAUACGACAAUACAAACCAAGGACAAACUCGUGUGUGGCAGCAGAAGGGUGAGAAUGGUGCGUUAUGGGAUAGAGCAGAAAUUAUUUUCAACAUUAAUACUGAUUUUCAGAUUGUACUGGAGGGAGUUUCAGGAGACAGUUACUAUGGCAAUAUUGCCCUUGAUGAUAUAACCUUUUUGAGUUCAUGUUCUCUCAGCACCAGUGGUCGACUGCCAACAGCGCCGCCAACAACACCUCCACCAUUCCCACCAUCCACAACUCUUCAUCCAGCCUGUGAAACCGGAGAAUUCUACUGUACAGCAGAUAAUUCAUGUCUUGCACCAGAAUUUGUUUGUAACUUCCGUAGUGACUGCUCCGAUGGAGAAGAUGAAACAAAGCGAUGCAUGAAAUCAUCAUGCGAUUUCGAAACUGAUGGAUGUGGCUGGAAUGGUGUGUUUGUUGAAUCACGAAGACGCAGCACAAAACCCAAAUUUGUAUGGGACAGACAGCAAGGUAGUACAUCACAAAUUGGAGAGACUAGACCAUCAAAGGAUCAUACUAAAAAAAACGGUGAUGGGUUCUACUUGCUCGCUGAUAACUCCCCUGGUACUAAUCUAGAUACUGCUAAUAUUACCAGCCCUUUGAUUGGGCAAACUGGUCCCAGCUGUCACCUCGAAUUUUGGUACCAUAUGGGAGGUCGUCAUGUUGGGUCAUUAAUUGUUAUGUUACAAUUUGAAACACAAACACAUGUGAAAUAUAUCUUGAGUGGAGUUUCUGGGACUGAAUGGAAACGCGGACUGGCAUAUCUUGGUACAGAACAAAAUUUCAAGGUGAUAAUACAAGCUGCUAGAGGUACUAGUUACUAUGGUGAUACCUGUAUUGACGAUCUGAAGUUUCUGGACUGUGCACCUCCAGUUUUAACUGGUGAACCAUGUAGUGAUGACGAAUACCGUUGUACAAAUGGUUUCUGUAUUGACAAGAAAAAAACCUGCAAUUUUGUUGAUGAUUGCAUGGAUAACUCUGACGAAGAACACUGUGCCAAUUUGGUUGGUCGAUGUGAUUUUGAGACAGAUUUCUGUGGUUGGAGACAAGAAGAUGGGGAUGAGUUUGAUUGGUCAUUCUAUAGAGGACCCCAAUCAGAUUAUUAUUAUUAUUCUGGACCACCUACUGACCAUACAUUGAGAAAUGAGAACGGGCAAUAUGCAUAUAUUGAGACAAAAUACCCACGGAAAAUGGCUGAACGUGCAAGAAUAGCUAGUCCUUCAAUCAAAGGAUCUAGUGUUGGCUGUAGGAUUAGCUUAUGGUAUCACAUGAGUGGAAAUACUAUUGGAUCUCUGGCUGUUUUACUCAGGACAUCGUACUCCGAUGGUGACAGUGGUUUACAAGUAUUGAAGAAUAUAACUGGAGAGCAGGGUAAUUUUUGGUGGCCACUGGAUUUAACAAUAAACAGUGGGUCAGAUUUCAAGAUUGUCCUGGAAGGUAUGGUUGGCAAUACUUACUAUGGUGACAUAGCUAUAGAUGAUGUUAGUUUCAGUGGCGAAUGCCUGGCUGGAGGACACGUUACAGGUGAAGACAUGACAACAGACAGUCCACCACCUACAUGCAUGGAUGACAAACGGAAAUUAGCAUGUAAAGAUGGCUUGGGAUGUUACUACAGCUGGGAACGAUGCAAUUUUUACUCUGACUGUGCAGAUAAUUCAGAUGAGUCUAGUUGUGGUACAUCAUGCAACUUUGAAAAUGGUUUAUGUGGCUGGAAGAAUUCUGUGAGUGACCGUUUUGAUUGGUCAAUAGGAAAAGGAUCCACGACUACACAAUAUUCCGGACCAACCAGUGAUCACACAUAUGGGAAUGAUCAAGGUCACUACGUGUUCAUAAAGACAGAUGGACGGAAUGAUAAAGACAAAGCUCACCUUAUAAGUCUACCACAUCAACACAGUCACGAAGACUGCCAAUUGACAUUCUGGUAUCAUAUGUAUAGCCACUACGGAGAUAACUAUAUUGGAUCCCUGUCCGUGUCCAUUAAAUAUGCCAAUCACCAAUCCGAUCAACUAUGGUAUAAAACCGGAAACCAAGGAGAUGCCUGGCAAAAGGCAACCGUUAUGAUCGGGCGCCAAGAGGAGUUCUCGAUCAUAUUUGAAGGAGAGAGUGGAAAAUUAAGAUAUGGAGACGUUGCCAUAGAUGAUCUUGAGUUUGAGAAUUGUGUUGAUAUAAACUAUAUGAGACCUUGUGAUACAAGUAUUGAAUUUGAAUGUGAACUUGAGCGUCGUUGUUUGUUAUUGGACAGAUACUGUGAUUAUAAACCGGAUUGUAAAGAUGGAUCAGAUGAAGUUGAUUGUGCUGUGAAACCAGGUGAUUGUCAUUUUGACAAAGAUAGCCUAUAUUGUGACUAUGAACAAAAAGCGGAUGACCAAUUUAACUGGGUUGCCGGCAUUGCGACACCAAGCGAAUUCAGUGGGCCGGAAUAUGACCACACUGAGGCCAAUGCUACGCAUGGGAAAAGUCAGUUCAUCUAUAUUGACAGUACUUCCCAGAAUUUGAAUCAGAUUGCUCGCAUUGCUACUUCAACGUUAUUCCCAGCUAGUACAAAUGUAUGUAAACUUAGAUUUUGGUAUCAUAUGUAUACUGAUGUAGCUGGCACCAUGGGUUCCUUAAGGGUUUAUACUGAGUCUGACGUUGACAAUGAGCAGAGGUUACUCAUGUGGGAAAGGGGGCACAAUAUGGGGAAACAUUGGAACUAUGCUAAUAUUGUACUCAACAAUCCCCACGAUUUUCAUGUGGUAUUUGAAGGCAUCGUGGGACAAAAGGGCCAAUCAGAUAUCGCUAUAGACGAUGUCACGUUCACACAGUCAUGUCGAACUCCAGAUAAUUUCACUGAAUUGGAGCCGGGUUACUGUCCACGUAAUCAAGUAUUCUGUCCUGGUGAUCAGAUAUGUAUAUUUAAAUCCUGGUUGAAUGAUGGGAAUAUCGAUUGCCCAACUGAUUGUUUCGAUGAAGUACAAUAUAGAUAUAAUUGCGAUGCUGCUACCGAUCCUUUUAUUGGUGAUGGAAGUAAUGAGACUGGAAAUGUUGGUUUAAUAGUUGGUGCUGUUAUUGGUAGUUUAGUUGCUAUUAAACUGGUUACUUUCGCUGUUGUGUUUGCUGUUAGACGUAGAAAGCAAAAAUCCACUACAUUUCACAUUGACUUCUUAAUCGUUCACAAGAAUAGAAUAGCUAUGAUGGCGACCACCUUUCAUAUUUCAGUCACGCAGAAUGACAUUUGUCAAUUACUCAUGGGGGAAUACGUAUUCUCUUCUUAUAUUAAGGAAAAACACAAUAAUGCUCCCGGAUUGAAGAACUCUAUUAAUGCUCGCUCUGGUGAUUUUGACAAAAAUCCAUUUAGUGUAGAUGCUGACGCCGGUGCCGAAGGAUAUCUACUGGAGGUGAGAGGAAUUCAAUUAGAACAAGUAUAUCUGUCGACGACAUCUCCAUGUGGCGUUGAACAAUUCGCCUGUACUGACGGUACAUGUAUCCAUGGUACACAAUACUGUGAUUUUAUAACGCAAUGUCCGGAUGCAUCGGAUGAAACCACGUGCCCUACGACGUGUACUUUUCAAUAUGAUACAUGCGGGUGGUAUGAAGACUCGCCAAGUGAUGGCUUCGACUGGUACAGAUCACGUGCGUACGACACCCAACAGUACCCAGAUUUGGCACCGAAAUAUGAUCACACUAGCAAUAGCAUAUAUGAUUACUUUGCAUUCAUGAUGCCUAUCGGUGCAUAUGCUUCCAGCCAGAUAGCUGAGUAUAUGAGUCCUACAUUUUCAUCUGCUGCUCCUGGGUGUUAUUUAGAUCUAUGGCUAUAUAUAAAUGGGAUACGACCUUAUUACCUAGAAAUAUAUUUAAUACAAAAUGAAACGGAAACCAAAGUCUUCCGAACAGUUAACAGCUUGGGAGACCGAUGGAACAAUUUGGGUAUAGGUGUUGGAAAGCAGACUGAACCAUGGAAGGGAGCUAUAAACAAUGCGACUUUCAGACUGGUUACUGUGAUUGGACUCAGGCUUCCGAAACCGACGACAGUAGUUGGACCCGGCAGGCAGGACAGACGCGAUAUUUUACAUACACAGGUCCACUUGCUGACCAUACAUACGCCGAUGACACAGGUCGUUCUUGAAGCAGUUGCUGGAGACAGUUCUUAUGGUGUUAUUGCAGUGGAUGACAUAACUUUCUCCCCGGACUGUUUAGCCAGUACGAGUAGUAAUCUACCAAAUGCUCCCAUCACAACACCUCCACCAUCACCACCAUCGGCAACUCCCCAUCCAGCAUGCGAAGCUGGUGAUUUCUACUGUACGGCAGAUAGUAAAUGUCUUCCAUCACAACGUGUUUGUAAUUUCCGCAACGAUUGCUCUGAUGGAGAAGAUGAAACAAAGAUGUGUGUUGAUACUGUAUGUGAUUUUGAGAAUGGCACAUGUGGUUGGCAUGGUGUAUAUGUUGACACACAACAACGUAGUACGAGACCACAGUUUGUAUGGGAUAGACAACAAGGGAGAACAACAAUCAAAGGCGAUACCAGACCAUCUACUGAUCACACGAUACAAACGGGCUAUGGUUGGUACUUGUUUGCUGAUAACUCCCCUGGGUCCCAUCAAUCGAUAACUCAAAUAUCAACGCCUUGGAUUGGACAGACUAGUCCAAAUUGUCGUUUUGAAUUCUGGUACCAUAUGGGAGGUAGAAAUCUUGGAACAUUACAGUUAUUAAUACAAUUUCAAAAUUCAACGCACGUGAGGUAUGUGCAAAGCGGUGCAUCAGGUACAGAAUGGAAACGUGCAGUGAUUUAUCUUGGAUACGAACAAAAUUUCAAGCUGAUUAUACAAGCCAGCAGGGGCCGCAGUUAUUCGGGUGAUACUUGUAUCGACGAUAUCAAAUUUGAAGAUUGUGCACCUCCAGUUAUAACUGGUAAUGACUGCAGGAACGAUGAAUUCCGCUGUACCAACGGUUUCUGUAUUGAUAAGAAGAAAGUGUGUAAUUUUGUUGAUGAUUGUAUGGAUAAUUCUGAUGAAGAUCAUUGUGAUAAUUUAAUUGGACGGUGCGAUUUUGAAUUAGACUUUUGCGGCUGGCAACAGGAAAGUGGUGAUGAAUUUGACUGGUCGUUAUUCCAAGGAACACAGCAUAAUUAUGACACUGGACCGAAUAUUGACCAUACACACCGGAGUCAUACCGGACAAUACGCAUAUAUCGAGACCACCUACCCACAACAAGCUUUGUACAGAGCACGAUUAGCGAGUCCUUCUAUAAAAGGAUCAAGUAUUGGCUGCAGGUUUAUGUUAUGGUAUCAUAUGUAUGGCUCGACAAUAGGUUCUCUCUCUGUUAUGUUGAGAACUUCUUAUUUAAAUGAAGACAGUGGACUACAACUUUUAAAUAAUGUCAAUAUCACAGGCGAACAGGGAAACAUCUGGUUGGCACUUGAUGAAACUAUAAGUAGCGGAGCUGAUUUCAAGAUUGUCUUAGAGGGUAUGGUUGGAAAUACUUACCAUGGUGACAUAGCUAUCGAUGAUGUCAGUUUUAGCGCAGAGUGCCUUGGUGGGGGCAACGUCCCCGGUGAAACAUCCACAACAGCACCGCCACCUCCCAAAUGCAGUGCUGAUACUACACUUUUAUCGUGUCAUGAUGGUUCUGGAUGUUAUCAUAGUUGGCAAAGAUGCAAUUUUAUUACUACAGACUGUACAGACAAUUCAGAUGAAUUUAAUUGCGGAAACGAUUGUAAUUUUGAAUCGGGUACGUGUGGCUGGCAGAAUUCUAAAAUAGACCAGGCUGAUUGGAAAAUUGCACAAGGACCAACUCCUACACCUAAUACUGGACCAACCAGUGACCACACCCUUGGGACUUCUCUAGGUCAUUACAUGUAUUACGAAGCUGAUGGUGGAUAUACUGGGUAUAAAGCGUAUCUGCAAACUCUGCCUUACCAAAAUAGUCAUGAAAAUUGUCAGCUGACAUUUUGGUAUCAUAUGUAUAAUUAUUAUGAUAUGUACAAUUAUAUGGGAACAUUGUCAAUUUCGGUUAAGUAUGGAAAUCAUCAGUCUAAAGAAAUAUGGCGUAUUUCCGGUAACCAAGGAGAUUCCUGGAAGAAAGGGACAGCUCUGAUUGGCCGAUAUGAGGAGUUUUCAGUUACAAUUAUUGCAGAGCGCGGCACGAACUUUUACAGCGAUAUUGCUAUAGACGAUCUCGUGUUUGAAAACUGCGCAGAUGAAGACUACGUUCGACCAUGUGAUGAAGUUACAGAGUAUGAAUGCAAAGGCGAACAGCGUUGUCUAUUAAGAGAUAGAUACUGUGACCACAGACCAGAUUGUCUAGAUGGAUCAGACGAAAACGAUUGCCUUGUGAAUACUGGAGAUUGUCUUUUUGAUACCGACAAUCCAUAUUGUGACUAUAUUCAGAUGAAAGAUGACGACUUUGAUUGGACGUCUG